AUGCAAAAUCCACUUCAUUAUUGGUUUUCAGACUCAGCCCUGUCUAAUAAAAUUCCAAACAGUAAGCAAUGAUUGCACUGAGUGACAGGAAUCAAUGAUGAGCUUCCAAUCGUCAUGUCUCCUGAAGAAGCUUUAGACCCUCCAAUUACAUUUCCUCAGCUGUUUCAAAGCACAAUUCUAAAAUUCCCAUUGAAAACUGCUCUGCGAAUCAAAAAAGAUAACGAAUGAGUGUCUUGAACUUAUCAAGAAUACUACAACCAAUCAGUCCAAUUCGCUAUUUCUCUAAUCAGUUUAGGAAUUACUCAAAGGAAAGCAAUAAACAUUAUUGGAUUUAACUCCCCAGAAUGGCUCAUCUCAUUUUGCGGCUCUUUAUUAGCUAACUGCAUUCCAGUAGGAGUUUACACGACAAGUGGUACUGAAAGUUGCUUUUAUGCCGCUGAUCAUAGUGAAGCCGAACUGAUAGUAGUCCAAAAUGAAACUUAUUUGGCGAAGUAUUUAGAAGUGUGGGAAAAACUGCCGAAAAUCAAAGCAAUAAUAGUUUAUUGGCCAAAAGCUAGCCUAUCAAAGUGGAAAACUGAUACUAAAUUAAUAUUCACAUGAAGUGAAUUUAUGGAGCUCGGAAAUAAUGUAGACCCAAAUGAAAUAGAAAAUAGAAUUCAAGCUAUAAGGCCUACACAAGCAGCAACCAUUGUGUACACUUCAGGGACGACUGGGCCUCCUAAAGGAGUUUUACUAACUCCCCCCCCCCCCCUCCGUGAGCGAACAAAAAAAUUUUGUUCGCUCACGGAGGGGGGUUAAUUUUUUUUUUUUAAAAAAAAUUUAUAUAUAAAAUUUUAUAAAAAAAUAUUUUUUUCGAAAUUUAAAAAAAUCCUAAUUUGCAAAAAUUGGGAAGCAAAUAUUAAUUUAAUUUGCAAAAUUUAUGUUUUAAAACGCAAUUUGUUUAAAAUUAAACAGAAUUAGCUCUAGAUUUCAUUAUACUAAUUAUCACUUAUAUAUCAAAAUUUUUUUCCAUUAAAAUUUUUUCUAUUAAAAAAAUUUUUGUUCACUCACGGAGGGUGGGUUUUUGGUCAAAAAAUGGCGAUUUUUCUAAUGGUUUUGUUCGCUCACGGAGGGGGGGGGGGAGUAAGCCAUGAUAAUUAUAUUUGGUGUGCCAAAAGGAUAUGUGAGCGAUUUAAGCUUGAUAGAGAGGAUGAGCAAAUAAUUUCAUUUCUUCCACUAAGCCAUUCUGCAGCGCAAUGCUUUGAUAUCUUUUGCUGCAUAUUUCUAGGAGGAUGCUUAAGCUUCGCUGAUGAAAAUGCUUUGCAAGGCACCAUUGCGAAUACCGUUAAAGAAGUGCGGCCAACAUUUUUCUUUGCAGUCCCAAGAAUAUGGGAAAAGUUUGAAGAAAAAAUAAAAGAAAUGAUUUCAUCCAGCACACCUCAACAAAAAAAACUGAUAAGAUGAGCCCAAAACGUAGCUGGAAAAUCUAUGAUAUCUCAUAUUGAAAAUCAACCGCUAAAUAGGUCUUAUUAUUUAGCUAACUCUAUAUUUUUUGAAAAAAUAAGAGCUUUAUUAGGAUUUGAUAGGUGUAGAGUGUUAGCAACAGGGGCUGCUCCAUUACCACAAAGCACAUUUAAUUUUUUCUGGUCAAUAGGUUUGCAUAUAUUAAUUGGCUAUGGAAUGUCUGAAAAUGCUGCACCUAUGACUUAUUGUGGGCCAGGCCAAUGAGCCUUAAAUAGUGCAGGAAAGCCGCUCAGAGGCGCAGAACUAAAAAUAAUUAACUCAAAAAUGGAAGAAUUGCCAAUAGGAGAAAUCGGAGAAAUUUGUUUUAAAGGAAGAAACAAGUUUUUGGGCUACUUAAAAAAUGAAGUAGAAUCAAGAAAAGCCAUUGAUGCAGACGGAUUUAUACACUCAGGAGAUGAAGGAUAUGUAGAUAUAAAUGGAUUUGUGUAUAUCACUGGGAGAAUUAAAGAGCUCAUCAUAACUGCAGGAGGAGAAAAAGUGCCGCCUUUUAUAAUUGAAGAAAAGAUUAAAAAUGAAUGCAAUAUAUUAAACACUGUUUUAGUCGUUGGUGAAGGGAAAAAAUAUUUAGCAGCUUUAUUAAGCUUAAAAUAUCAGCAGCUUCCAGAUGGAUCUUAUAGUAAUGAAUUAAGCAAAGAAAUUUUAGAUGUUUUAACAUCGAUUGGAAGUGCUGCUGUAGAUAGAAAAUCAGGAGAAAAUUGUGCAGCCUUAAGAAAGUUUAUCCAAAAGGCAAUUGAUAAGUAUAAUAAGCAUGCUUCAACGAGAGUCCAUCAGAUUAAAAAGUGAGGGUAUCUUCCAUCAGAGUUUUCAAUUGCAGGAGGAGAAUAUACUCCAACGAUGAAAUUGAGGCGGCAAUUUGCUAGCAAAAAGUAUAAAGUUGAUAUUGAAAAGCUUUUUACUCAGCCUAAUAUUUAG